AUGAGGGUACACACUGUCAUUCCUUUUAUUGGCAUCUUAGCCGGCCUCAGUUCCGCUGCGACCAGUCGCGGGAACAGCACUCGUUUGGGCCCAAUCGAUGUAUCCAAAGUUCAGAACUCGACAGAGCAUGAGCUUGAUCUGGGCACUACCCCUCUCGCUCCCUAUGGAGUGAAGCAGACUACCGAGGAGUGGGCAACACCUUUGGUCGAUGGCUGCCCUCGACUUUGCUCUGUUGCUGGCUCAAACGCUACCAAAUGGACACACAUCCACAGUCCUCAAGAUCUAGAAGGAUGUGAAGCUCCUCUACUUUUCGAUCUGAAUGUGCACACCGAGACUGUCGAGACCAUUCGUGUCUGUGCUCUCGGUGGCACCGGCUCCUCCAACCCUUCCAAAGCGGCAGCACACUUGCGUGCACACCGAAGACAUGCUAAGAGGGCUGAGAAGGACACAAAGGAUGAAAAGGCCUCCGCCGGCCAGUGUAAUCCUGCUCCUCUUUUUCCUGUGCCUGUGCUUGUUACUUCUGGCAUGCCUGGAGUGCUAAACGCGAGUGCCGAUGUCACUACUGCCGUCCAGGGACUAAAGCAACACGUCAAGUCCUCGUGUGGCAAGACUGUUCUCUUCUCCAAAGCAGGAUCUGCCAUUGUCGGUCUCUAUGUUAGCGCCGACAUGGGAUCUGUCGCUGCCACCGACAUACUUGAGCGAUUUGAGAAGGCUGCUAGUCAGGGCACUCAGAUCAUGCAAGCCUGCGACAUCAACCCAGGAAACCCCUACACCUUUGGUAUAUUUGCCGUGGACAAGCUCAGUGACUUUGAACUUGUACGAAAGAACGUGAAGACAUGGGCCAGUGGUUACUGCGCGGCCAUGCCUCUCACCAGACCCAAGGAUGCUGAUAUCAAAGUCAACAUCCCUGGCGGUGACCUCUUCAUGGGCGUAUCCAAUGGAACCUCCGUGGCUGAGACGGGCUUGGUGAGCGAUCUUGAAGCCCGCGCCGAGUGCAAGACUACCAAAGUUCUUCAGGACGAUGACUGCACCAAGCUCAGUGUUAGGUGUGGCAUUCGAGGUAGUGACUUCAUCAAGUUCAACCCGGGCAAGCAGAACUUCUGUGAUACCCUUAAAGCCGGCCAGGUAGUCUGCUGUAGUUCUGGAACACCACCUGACAACAAACCACAGCCGGAGUCAGAUGGCACCUGUAAGACACACACAAUCGGUCCCAAUGACACUUGCUAUGACGUUGGAGCUCCCUUUGGUCUUAAUGAAGACGAUAUCGCAGGCUUCAACAAAGCCAGUUGGGGUUGGGCAGGUUGUGGAAGACUGCAGCUCGGUCAGAUUAUCUGUCUCAGCAAAGGCAACACACCCAUGCCAGCCACUCAUGAAGGCAUCGCCUGUGGACCACAGAAGCCUGGCACCCAGAAACCAUCAGGAUCCUUUGAUGGAUGGGAUCUUGCCAAGCUCAACCAGUGUCCUCUCAAGUCUUGUUGCAGCGGUUGGGGAUACUGUGGUACUACCACUGAGUUCUGCACAGAGUCUCCUUCCGAUCCCAAGGCACCGGGAGCCUUCAAGCUCAACACCAACGGAUGUAUCUCCAACUGCGGUACUGACAUUGUCAACAACAAGUCACCACCCAAGGAGUUCAAGCGCAUCGGCUACUUCCAGGCUUAUAACCCCGGUCGUCCGUGUAUGCACAUGGACGCUUCUGAGAUUGCUGAAAACUUCAAGGAGCUCACUCAUGUCCAUUUCGCCUUUGCUGGUAUCACUGCCGACUACGAUGUAAAUAUUCCAGAGGAUGUCAAGAAACAGUUUGACAUCUUCGACAAGAUGGACGCUCCUUUCAAGAAGAUUCUGUCCUUUGGCGGUUGGGCUGAGUCAACUGACGCCGCGACAUUCCAACGUUAUCGUGAUGUGGUUAAGCCCGAAUACCGUUCCAAAUUUUCCGCAAACGUUGUCAAGUUUUUGGAGAAACACAAGAGCUUCGACGGUGUUGAUAUUGACUGGGAGUAUCCUGGUGCCUCUGAUCAAGGUAUCCCCGCUGGUGACAAGAACGACGGUAUCUAUUACACACGUUUCCUCACCGUGCUUCGAAACCUGUUGCCAUCAAGCAAGUCUCUGUCCAUUGCCUUGCCCGGUUCUUUCUGGUACUUGAAGCCAUUCCCCGUUGAGGACAUGGCCAAGAUUCUCGACUACUUUGUCUUUAUGACCUACGAUUUGCAUGGACAGUGGGACUACGGUAAUAAGUUCGCUAGUCCUGGCUGUGAGAAUGGCAAUUGUCUGCGAUCCCAUGUCAACCGUACCGAGACCCGUAACUCACUCAGUAUGAUCACCAAGGCUGGUGUGCCAGCCGAAAAGGUCAUUGUCGGUAUUGCAAGUUAUGGCCGAAGUUUCCGCAUGGCAGACAAGAGUUGCACAGGACCUCACUGCCUUUUCACUGGCUCAUUCUCGGAGUCCGAGGCUGAGCCCGGUCAAUGCACCGAUACCGGUGGCUACAUUUCUAAUGCCGAGCUAGACGAGAUCUGGCAAAUGGCGGGCGAGAAUGUUGAGGGUGUCACGGCCAAGCGAUGGCACGACACCAAGACACAUUCCGAUAUCAUGACCUACGGUACAAUGGGUAACGGCAUGACGGACUGGGUUGCGUACAUGAGCGACAAGACCAAGGAGGAGCGUGUUGCAUGGGUCAAGACGCUCAACUUUGGUGGUACCACCGAUUGGGCCAUUGAUCUGGCGGGUUACUUUGAAGGACCUAGCAAGAAAGAUGGAACAUCCAACGGUGGUUGGUCUGACUUCAAGGCUGAUGAUCUCACUUGCGACUCCAAGAACUGGCCUGACAGUCUGGAGAAGCUGGCCGAGAGCGUUGAUAGCAUCAACGGAAACUGCCGUUCCUUGGCCUUGAUGAACAUCCUGAUCAAGGACCUCAUUGCGGCUGUCGACGAGUACAAGGACGUAUCCAAGAACUUCAACGACGCUUUCGGCUGGUACGCCGACUGGGUCAAGGAUUCCAUCGACGACCGAAUUGAAGAGUUUAUGGCGCCUGGCCGUGGCAAAGGUCUGAAGUAUAUGGACUGCGAGUGGAAGAGCAACAGAGGUAGCGACAAGGGUCGUUGCGAUGAGACGUGGCCACCUGUUGCUCCAGGACCAGGUGCCGGGGGUCGUGUUGUAUGGUAUACCAUGCGCGACGAAAAGGGUUUUUACGAUGCUCUUCUCGCCGAGGCAGGUAUCGAGAAGGACUGGGUUGAAUGGGUCGAGCAGGACGCACAGAUGGAUCCUUGUGUCUGUUUCCAGCCCAACAUUUGUUCACCACCCGGUUGUCAGUCGGGCAACAACUACGAGAUGCGUAACAACUGGCUGAAGCGUAUCAGGGACAAGAGCAAGAUCAAGGUCAGCAACCCCAAGGAGGUUAUCGACGAGGCUAUUCCUUCUACCGACGAGUUAAUCACGGUUGCUAUCGGUACAUUUGCCAACAUGCGACUGGGUAACUCAGACGCCGACCCAGCCGAUAUCGUCACGUCGUUCAGUAUGCCCAUCUUCAUGAUGCAGGAUGCUUCCAAGAGCAUCAAGGAGAUGAAGGAGAUCGGUGAGGAUAUGAAGGAAACACACACACGAAACCUGAUUAUCAACAUCCUAACUAUCGUUUUUGCCGUUAUUCCCUUCGCUGGUUGGGCUGCGAGUGCACUUGGAGGAGCUGCCCGCAUUGCAACUGCUGCGCUCAUUGUAGGUGAGGCAGGCAACCUGGCCAUCAGUAUCGUCGAGGUUGUCGACAACCCGUCGUCUGCUCCCUUUGCCAUCUUGGGUCUGCUGAUCGGCGCGGCCGGUCUAAGGGGAGGCAUGGCGCCUGCCAAGGCCUUCAAGAAUGCUGCCGACGCCAGGAGGGCGUUGAGCGCGAAUGAUAUGAUGGCCUUUUCGCAACAGUUCCGUGAUAAAGACAAGUUGGUGCAGAAUAUCAUCAAGUCUUGCAACUUCAGGUGA